GGCCGGGCUCUCGCCCGUGUCCCGCUCGCCGUCGUUCCGCGGUGUCUCAGCCCCCGUGAGGCUGCGGCGCUGCGCUGAGAGUAGAGCUCUGGCGGCAUGGUUUCCCCUCGGCUGAGCGGCGUUUGUGAUGCCGGGAGUGUGCGUUCGCAAGUCGCCCAGAAUGCAGCUUUCCGCUCCCGCUGUUGCAGCAGGGCGCGGGAGCGCGGUUUCCUGGAAUUCCCGUGAAGCCGGGCUCCCGAGGCGGACAGCCCCAGCCAGCCCCCCCGGGCCGCAGCACCGCCGCCCCGAUGCUUCUCUCGGCCGCUGCACCGAGCGAGCAGCGCCCUCCCGACGCCCGUGCUGAGCAUCCUUGGCUUUGCGGCAGCUCCCGCUCCGUGUCUCACAUACCAAACGCGCCCGUGCCGGGCCGCGCUCUGCAGGAUCCCAGCCUGCAGCCAGGGCUUCUCCCGCAGAACAGCGCCGGGCCGGCAGCUGCUGCCGGGCGGGAAUGGCAGCGUGCAGUGCUAGAACCGAAGUUUUCCUAACGCCGAACUUCAGUCAGUAAUUGUUUCGUGCUAUUGAGACAGGCUGUUCUUCAUGGAAGAUGCCCACCCACCGAAUUCAGAUGGGUUAAACUGAUGGCAUCACUCAAGUGCCAAAGCUUAAAGCAUAAAACUUUUGCUUUUCAGCGGCUGAAAAUAAUUAACACAGCUUUUUCAGCCUUUCUGAAUGUGGAAUCUGCUGUAUGUUUGAAGGGUCUUUUGGUGGCAUUUUGGGUUUGGCUUUCUUUUUGACAUUUUUUUGUUGUUGUUUUGUUUUGGCAUUUUUUUGUAGGUAGAAAGAAACCACAACAGUUGCUUAAGAUGGUUAAUAACAUAUCAGAAUACUGAUUUGGUCACAUAGGUUAUAUUGCAGUACCAGCUGAGAGGUCGUGCUUAACCAGCAUGUGAAGGACAAGCUGCAGCUCUAAAAUCUAAAGUAAAGCUUGCGUAAUAUUUCCAUGUCUUCACUGGAAAUGAUACGUGUUUAAAAACUCUGCCCAGGCAAGACAAAACCUAAACCACAGGGUAACUCUUGGUUUGCAUAUGUGUCACAUUCUCCUAUUAAUGAAUAAAUGUAACUUUUAAAAAGUUUUGGUAAUGCCAGUUGCACAUAUGAGAGAUCCUGGUUUCUGUUAGAUGAAUUGAGGUCAGAUUUUAUAUCUCAGCAUAUUUUGCUUCUCUAAGACAGAAUGUUCUAACCUGUGAGAAAGGGAAAAUUCAGAGAAGAAAGGAGAUGCAGGAAAAACAUUCCGUGUGUUUUUGAGGAGUUAAUAUGGAAUGCUGAGUGUCUUGUAUGCUUUAGUUGAUUUGUGUAUCAUGAUGAAACUCAAAAACAUCUAUCAUAAAAUAGGUUUCCAGAGCCAUUCUUGAAACUCUAGACUUUGUGCAUUGUUGUUUCUUAUAAACUGUUAGAACAAUCCUUGAGGUGCAGUUCAGGAUCUAACAUAUUUUCAGUGCCAGCAUUUUAAAGUAGAAGCUCUAGCUGCUCCCAUUGGCGCCUAUUAUCUUUAAUGUUGUCUUUCAACUUUAUCUCCUGUUCUGAUAUUUAAUGAAGGUAAUACUUCUGUGUUUUAAAAAGUAGCAACAUGUAUUUUACGGAAAGUAUAGGUAGGAAAUAAUCUAAACAUCCUGGAUAUUGUAAUCCUAGUUCUGCAAUCCAGAGAUUUACAUGGCCUCAUAUUUUCAGCAGAAAAGCUCGGUAUUGGAUGAAAUAGCUUUGGGUCCAGACCAUGUAUUUGGUGCUUCUGCAUCUCUUGUCAAGUAACCCAGCAACGUGCUUCUACACUGAGAUUCUGAAGGACCUGGAUGAUUACUAUGAAAAAUUUAAACGAGAGACAGAUGCUGUGCAGAAGAGAAGAAUGUUGCACUGCAUACAGAGAGCCUUGAUUCGAAGUCAGGAACUGGGGGACGAGAAGAUCCAAAUCGUCAGUCAGAUGGUGGAGCUCGUUGAGAACAGAACAAGGCAAGUGGACAGCCACGUGGAACUGUUUGAGACUUGUCAAGAGACUAAUGACACCACUGGAAACAGCGGGAAAGCCAGCCAGGAUAAGUCGAAGAAUGAGACAAUCGCACAGGCUGAAAAGCCCAACAACAAGAGGUCGAGGAGGCAAAGGAAUAAUGAGAAUCGAGAAAAUGCCUCAAAUAAUCAUGACCAUGAUGACAUCACAUCAGGAACACCAAAGGAGAAGAAAGCAAAAACAUCCAAGAAGAAGAAACGAUCCAAGGCUAAAGCGGAGCGGGAAGCUUCUCCGCCUGACCUUCCUAUUGACCCUAACGAGCCAACAUACUGCUUGUGCAACCAAGUCUCCUACGGAGAAAUGAUAGGAUGUGAUAAUGAUGAGUGCCCCAUUGAAUGGUUUCACUUUUCUUGUGUGGGACUCAACCAUAAACCAAAGGGCAAAUGGUACUGCCCCAAAUGUAGAGGAGAAAACGAGAAAACUAUGGACAAGGCAUUGGAGAAAUCUAAAAAAGAAAGGGCAUACAAUAGGUAGUUUGUAGACUUUUCGUAAUGAAGGAAAAACCCACCAAACCAGUGUAUUUAUUGUCAGUGUCGCCUUUGUUGAGGUGAAAGGGUUGUAAAAUGUAUAUUUUUAAAGGAGGUUUAAAACUGAACCAUUCCUGUUACAGGGAUGGCAAUAAGCAAUUUUGGUUUUCAUUUGGUAAGCUGUAACAAGAAUGUGGUCUGUGGACCAAUGUAUUCCAAAAGUAAAAUUAUAAGAAUAUUCAGGUGUUACUUAAAAGAUAAAUUAAUAAUCUUCUUUAUUUUCUUUUUUUUUUCCUUUUUUUCUUUUUUUUUUUUUUUUUUUAGUGCUAGUAGCACUCUACCCAUUAAAAUUUUGACAAAUAUCUCUGAAAUGUAAUUUUAUUUUCUUUAAUAAAAAAUGUUAUUUACCUUUUGAGCAAAAUGGUUAAAUAGUUUAACCACCUGGCUGUAUCUGAAUAAAGCUGCAAUACAUUGCAAAUGUAACUUCUUUUGGUGAUAUGCAAGAGCAAACAAAAGGAGAGUAAAAUUUGGUUCCUGCUACAAAGUGUCAGUGUAACAGUUCAAUAGCAAAUGUUUAAAUAGGCUUAGAGGAUUAUUUUUUAAAACAAAAAGUUAAUGGUUAAAUUUUAAACAACAAAUAUUUUAUAUGCUGGCCAGGUACCACAAAGGCCAUUUUAAAAUGAUUGAAUAUGUUUUAUAUUUAACUGGGAAGUGGUUUAGCAAUGAGACAUAACAUAAAUGAAGCUUUAUACUGUCACAGAUAGUGGUGUAGCAAUCUUUAAUUUGUUUAAGUUGUAUAAAUGUACAUUUUAAGUGGAGUUGCACUUACUGUAUUAUACUUGGAAAUGCAGCCAAAUGCCAUUGUGUAAUCAAUGUGCAUUUCCUGCUGUAUGUAUGAAAAUUGUACAGAUGUGAUAUUAAGAAAUAAAUGAAAUGACUUUGA